UCUAAACAAUUACGGUCACGGGGUGCAUCGUUCGCGGUCGGUUACGAGGUGAUUUUGAUUUAAGAGUAGAAAUCGGAGUGAAUAUAUUCUGUAGGCUAAUAAAGAAGAUUAAUUUUACAAUCUCGUCGUUGAUAAGAAAAAAAAAAAUUAAGUAGGAGGAGUUUGAUCGUAUUACGUUAUCGGAGUUAAAUCUCCGUUUUCUUUUCUCGCAAGCUGAUGUCUCGUCAGCUCGUACGAUAGCAUCCUAGUGGCGAAAUAAAAAAGCAACGACCGUGCGGGAGGUAGCUGGCCAUCUUGGAAAACAGAUAUGGUUGUAUCGAGAGAAACGUCAACAGAAUUGUGUUUACCUCGUAUGAUACAUGCCGCGAGAGGUUUACUUUAAUUACCUUUGUAAUAGACUUAGCCUAAUCGCACGGAAGUGAGGCCGACACGGUGGCGUAUCUGACACGCGGACGUUAUCGCAAAAGGUGCGUAGCUUUGCUUCCAAAGGAUGAAUCGAGGUGACGGGUUGGUGCAGAGACGACGAGUGGUUAACAGUAGCAGCAGCAGUGGAUUCGGCCAGGAUGGUUCCAACGACCUUGGUCACAAUGACAAGUUGUCUGGUAACAGUAUGGACACCGACUGUUCCUCUCAAAAAGAUCUAAAUUCGAACCCUACGAUAGACGAUGAUUCAGAUAAAGAAACCAGAUUGACUCUUAUGGAAGAAGUUUUACUCCUUGGUCUUAAGGACAAGGAGGGUUAUACUUCGUUUUGGAACGAUUGCAUAAGCUCGGGCUUACGUGGAUGUAUCUUGGCCGAGCUUGGAUUUCGCGGUCGUGUAGAGUUAGAAAAAGCUGGAAUGCGUAAGAAAGGUUUGUUGGCAAGGAAACUACUCUUGAAAAACGAUGCGCCUACAGGAGAUGUCUUGCUGGACGAAGCGUUGAAACAUUUAAAAGAUACAGAUCCUCCAGAGACUGUUCCAAGUUGGAUAGAAUAUUUAAGUGGUGAAACGUGGAAUCCUUUAAAGUUACGUUAUCAAUUAAAAAAUGUUAGAGAGAGAUUAGCUAAAAAUCUUGUAGAAAAAGGUGUAUUAACCACAGAAAAACAGAAUUUCUUACUCUUUGAUAUGACAACUCAUCCUCUUACUGAUAACCUUGCCAAAAGUCGUCUUGUUAAAAAGAUUCAGGAGGCUGUGUUAGGUCGUUGGGUAAAUGAUGCAGGUCGUAUGGAUAGGCGGACGUUAGCAUUAGUGAUCCUAGCCCAUGCGGCUGAUGUAUUAGAGAAUGCAUUUGCACCUCUUUGCGAUGACGAUUACGAAGUAGCGAUGCGCCGAGUUCGAACUUUGUUGGAUCUAGAUUUUGAAGCUGAAGCUGCUAAACCUAACGCCAAUCCCGUAUUAUGGGCUGUAUUUGCCGCAUUCACUAAGUAACACAGUUCUCAUGAAUUAAAAGUGUAACUUAUGAACAUUGGAUAAUAGUGUGAACAGUGGGAUUACCAAUUUUGCAUGUCUUUUAGUUGUAUACUUAAAAGAAAUAGUUACGAGAUCAUUGUUACAAUCAUAUGAUUCAGACCAAAUAACAUAUAGUUGACUGUAUGGAAAGCAGUGUUAGGAUAUAUUAGUCAUUUUCAUUAUUAUUUAAUAUCUUUGAUAACUGAACUGUAUGUAAGUUCAGAUUGGUGACAUCGCAAAGUAACGAAAUUCCGUGUGUGAAUGUGCACUUCGAGUGUGAUUUAGUGCCAUGUAGGGUUUGAUAAAAAAUUCUCAUCGUAAAGAAUUUUGUGAAAUAUUUAGUAUCUUCAUCUGUAUAGAAUUUCCACGUAUAUUUGUAGAUACAGCCUUAUGUGGUAAACUGUAUCUCACAUGUUAUUUGCUACAUCAUUGACUGUUGCUUAAGAAUAAAAGACAAUAUAAGAGGCAGUAUAGCAAAUUGGAAAUAUUAUAAGAUUAAGUUCUAAUCGUUGGUGCCCCUCCCUACGGGCGUCUAUAUUGCAUUUGGAUAUAUCUUAUAGCGACGUUUUUUUUUCAAAUUGAUGCACAGAUUGAUAAGAUCACUGGGUGGCAGUAAAGCAAUCAUUUUUUGACUUGUAUGACCUGCAUUAUAGAAUUUUAUAAAGAAUAUCUUUUUUCAAUGCUUUAAAUAUUUUAUAUAUUUCGCACUGUCAUUAAUUUUGUUAAUAUCUUCGAUGGAAUAUUUCCUUUAUAUUUGGAUUUUAUAGAGAAAGCACAAAAACGUAUACAUUGAUCUAUUUACUUUCAUGGAAAACAUAAGUGUUAAUGAUUGCAAUAUUAAUAUUAUCAUUCUUAGAGAUAAUUAUUAACAAAUAUUGACAUAUACAUUGCUUUUUCUAGGUAUAGAAAAAAUUUCAUUACGAUGCUUAU